AUGAGCCUCCCUUGUAAAAUUUUAGCCAGCUUCCUUCUGAUUUUCAACUUUUCUGCCAAAGGUGCUGUUGCCGAAAACAUUAUAGUCGUCUGGGGUGCCUUGGAUCAGGACGUCAACUUGAACAUUCCUAAUUUUCAAAUGAGUGACAAUAUUGAAGAUAUACGAUGGGACAGAGAACCAAACAAGACCAAGGUUGCACAGUUCAAAACAAGCAAGGGAACUUACCAGCUAAAUAAGACAUACGAGUUAUUAGCAAAUGGAACUCUGAAAAUUAAACAUCUGGAGAGAAAUUAUAACAAUAACUACAAGGUAUCAAUAUAUAAUAAAGAAGGAAGAAACGUAUUGGAAAAAACAUUCGAUUUGAGGAUUCAAGAGAUGGUCUCAAAACCAAGUAUCUCCUGGAAUUGUGUCAACACAACCCUGACCUGUAAGGUAGUGAAAGGAACUGACCUCGAAUUAAAUCUGUAUCAAAGUGGGAAACACAUUGGUAAAGGUCAUCAGAAGGUCAUCACAAAGAAGUGGACCAGCAACCUGAAGAUGACAUUCAAGUGCACAGCAAGUAACAACGUCAGUGAAGAAUUCAGUGUGGUGACUAUCAACUGUUCAGCGAAAGGUCUGGAUGUCUACCUCAUCACUGGCGUUUCUGGAGGAGGCAUCCUUCUGAUGGUCUUUGUGGUGCUGCUCAUUUUCUACAUCAGCAAGCGGAAAAAGCAGAACAGCAGGAGAAAUGAUGAGGAGCUGGAGAUAAGAGCCCACAGAGUAACUACUGAGGAAAGAGGCCGGAAGCCCCACGAAUGUCCAGCCUCAACUCCUCAAAAUGCAGCAGCUUCCCAACCUCCUCCACCACCUGGUCAUCGUUCCCAGGCACCCGGUCACCGUUCCCAGCCACCUGGUCAUCGUUCUCAGGCACCUGGUCAUCAUCCCCUGCCUCCUGGCCAUCGUGUCCAGCACCAGCAGCGGAAGAGGCCUCCCCCUCCAUCAGGCACACAAGUUCACCAGCAGAAAGGCCCUCCCCUCCCCAGGCCUCGUGUUCAACCAAAACCACCGCAAGAGACCUUAGAAAACUCGUCUUUUAAUUAA